AUGUUAUUUGAUCUAUUCUUUAUUUCAAUAGAUAAUUUUAAUAAUGCUGCUCAUUUAUGUAAGAUGAUGAAUAAUUAAUAAGGUCAUUUUGGAUCGAAAUAUGUACUAUUCAUAUUCUAAUAUAUCUACAGUUUCGACAAAUCUCUUGUUCUGAUUUGCGAAAGACUUGUUAGCCUCUAAAAUCUGAACAGAUCUUGUGUUGAAAGUAUUAAAGAAUGGAAGAGUAUUAUAAAUUUAUAAUAUUUUUACACUUAUUAAAGGAAUUAUUCUCAACUGGCACCGAUAUAUUAGACUUUUGUUUAUUUUUAUCUAUCAUCUUGUGUAUAACAUUGUAAUAUGAAGUAUAUUACAAAGAGAUUUAUGUAAUUCCCCUUAUAUAUAUGCGUUACUUGUCAUUAACAGUUUGAAUGGUAGUCUUUCUGA